UCCGCGCCCGGCGCCGCCGCUGCGCCCUCCCGGCUGCGAGUCCGCCCGGCUCCGGAUCACGUGGCGGUUGCCGGAGGCAGAGACUAGAGAGGAGAGAAAAAAAAAGCGCCUCAUUCCUUCUUCCACCGCCAUACUGUAUUUUAUAGUAACUCUCAUUUUUAUUCCUCCCUUUUACUCCCGCUCGUGGAAGGUUUUCCUGGAGAAUGAAGUGCGGUUUGGUUUCCUUGUCAACGAAAGAUGAAGUGAACAACUGAACAUCUCCCCAGUGCAGGUUUAAAACCAAGAGAUCCAACCAUGACUGGAAAAACACAGACCAGCAACGUCACCAAUAAGAACGACCCAAAGUCCAUAAACUCCAGAGUCUUCAUCGGUAAUCUGAACACAGCUAUUGUCAAAAAAGGUGACAUUGAAGCAAUCUUUGCAAAGUAUGGGAAAAUAGUGGGCUGCUCGGUGCACAAAGGUUACGCGUUCGUACAGUACAUGAGUGAGAGGCACGCAAGGGCUGCAGUGGCAGGAGAGAAUGCCAGGAUCAUUGCGGGGCAGCCACUAGAUAUCAAUAUGGCAGGAGAACCAAAACCAUACAGACCAAAACCAGGCAACAAGCGACCACUUUCAGCACUUUACAGACUUGAAUCAAAGGAGCCUUUCCUGUCCGUUGGUGGUUAUGUCUUUGAUUAUGAUUACUACAGAGAUGAUUUCUACAAUCGGUUGUUCGAUUACCAUGGCCGUGUGCCCCCACCGCCCCGCGCAGUGAUUCCUCUCAAACGUCCCCGCGUGGCUGUGACAACAACGCGCAGAGGCAAAGGGGUUUUCUCCAUGAAGGGAACAUCACGAUCCACUUCCAGUGGGGCUUCUUCCUCAGGAUCCAAAUCACCCACACGUCUUCCCCUGCCCUUUUUGUGGAGUGACACUGUCCUUGGAAGCAUCACUGGACGAGGAAGAGAAAGAUCAGUGAAAUCAGAUGAGUUGCAAACAAUCAAGAAAGAAUUAACUCAAAUCAAAACAAAAAUUGACUCCUUGCUAGGGAGACUGGAAAAGAUUGAAAAGCAGCAAAAAGCUGAAGCAGAAGCCCAAAAGAAACAAAUGGAAGAUAAUGCUGAUUUGAUUCAAGAGGAGUGCAUAUCAGAGAAUGCAGAUAACUCUACGGAAGAGCCAAUUGAAGGAGGGCCAGAUGCAGAUGGGGAUGGAGAAGAUAUGACUGAUGGGAUAGAGGAGGAUUUUGAUGAGGAUGGCAGCAAUGAGCUGUUUCUACAGAUCAAGUGAUGAGAUGUCAUGUGUGAACCCCCUGAAGGCUGAGAAGAGAACCUCUGACUUCCCCACAGAAAAUUGUGAACUGCAGUUUCUUACUGGCUGACAACACCUUUGAUUCAAUUUGUAUGAAACUCAAUUUACUUAUUAAAAUGGACAUUAUUGUUCAAAUAUUAGAAAAUCCAUUUCUUAUAUGUUCUAAGCUGUACAAUUGUCAGAUUUUUAUGGUUUAGAUUGUAAAUGUGGUUUUCUCUGGCUAAUUAUUGGUAUUAUUUUUUUAAUUUUGAUGUCUUAAAGGCCAAUGUACUGUAUCAUAAUAAUAUGAAGGACGUAUUUAACAGGUGUGGAAAACACUAUAUACAAAUGUAUAUUUCUAAAAGCUAUUUUUAUGAUUAGCACAUUUUACUGUUUUACCAUAUUUAGAGUCAUUGCACUGCUUUGUUUUCUGCUUAAUUCAAACAAGAUCAUUUUGAUCAGUGCCACGAUUAAAUACAUUGUGUGGUAUUUCCCAUUCUUUUAUUCAAUUUAUUUGUCAUUGGAAAUAAUUACAUUUGGUAAUAGAAUAGCCACUAAAACGUGAAAAUGUCAAAAUAAGAGAGCAAUCUUUCAUAAACUGCAAAUUGCAUCCUCCUGUAAAUCCUUUUCUUCAGAUAAGCCCUCUCUGUGAUGCCUUUCAUCAGACAGUUGUUACAGCUGUUCUUGCAAAUCUCUAAAGGCAGUUUGUUGCUACCAUAUGGAAAGUCAGUCAGCAUCCUGUCUAGCCAGGAAAAUUACUUAUAGCCUGCCAAUAUCUGACAGCCUGACUUACCCUACUUAUUACUUUUUGGGUUAUUUUCUGGCAGUAGUCUUUCCACCCACAAACUCCUAAGGCCCUCCUAAAAGCCUGAAGUUGGAAUAAUUAAUUAUUACAGAUGCUGUAGGGGGAAUCUCAGUGUAGAAUUUCUUAAUAAAUCAUAUUUCCUUUCAAACAGAAUGGAUGCAUUAUUUCUCUUGUUACUGAGACAUUAAAGGUAUCAAAGCAUAUGGGCACAAGGACUUCUCCCCCAUAAAAGUACCAACUUGUUCACCAUCCCAAAGUCAGACCUCUUUAGCAUUGCAGAUGACAUGAAACAAGGAAUAUGUAUUUAUUCAUCUACAUCUUUAUGUUAAUGGUACUCGUAUAGAAAGAGACAUGUCUUUAAAGUGAUUGCAGGGCAAAUAAAUUAUUUAUUAGUUACAGCCUCCCAAGAGGGAGAAGAAUUAAUUUUGGAAGUAUCUUACACAGUGAAAUGGAGCACAGACCCAGCUGUGUGCCAGUCUGCAGCACUGAGCCCUGACCACUGAGCCCCAUGAUAGGGGUACUUGCUAUUUCAGAUCAUAUAAACACUGCAAAGAUGAACUCUUGCCUUUCCCUUUCAAAUAUUCUCUGUAGGCUGAAAACAGGAAAAAACAAAAGGUACCAGAGAGACUUUUGAAAAGAUCUAACUUUGAAUUUCUGUUUUAAAAAGCAGUUUCUGAGAUGACAGGUUCACCUCAAGUAGUGCAGAUGUAAGUGGGUGGGAGCUCAAGGUCUCUGGUCAGGUUUCUGGCAUGGGGGCCAUCAUCAAAGAAGGAUGAUAUUCUUCAAAAAUUUGGAAGAAAAGCAUACAUUUGAAUUUAAAUAUCUAUUACUGAGUGAGAAUUGUUUUCACUAGGCAGCUAUGUGACUUUGCACUCUCAGUUACAUUUGUGUAUGUUAUAUCUAGCUUGUCUAUUCUGUAUGGAGUUACAUGGUUUACAUAAAUGCUGAGUAGCACCUAGCUCCUUAAAUAAGGAAAGACUAGUAUAAGUAGUUACACCUCAGCAUAAAGAAUUGCAGCUUCAGAAUUUAUCAAGGCUAACUCUCUGAGAAAAGUGCAGCAAAAAAAGUAUUACUCCUGUAUAAGUGAAAGGUUAGGUCAAAUCAGAGGGUGAAAUACUUCUCCACUUUCUAUGUCUUAAUAUAGGUUAUGAACAUUUUUAACUGUAAAAAUGCAAAAAGAAUUGCCAUUUUGGGAUUUCUGUCUUUGACAGUU